AUGGCAAGAGAAGGGGCGGUCGCGGUCGAAAUAAAUAGGCAACAACAGUCUAGGGUGAGCCUGAUUAUUGUGAAUGCGAUCGGUGAGCGACUUUAUGGGAUGCUUGGCGAUGAAAAGCGUGAUGUUUGGGGACGUGGUCGGAGCUUCCGAUGCGAAUGGGGGAGCGGGUACUUUCAGAGACAAGGGAGUCAAAGAAAGCGAGUAAAGAGGCGAGUUCCCAGGGUAAGGCAAGGUGGGAGGGGAACUCAAAAGUUGAAGGCGCGUUGGGAUGGCGCGUUCAAAAAGUGGAUGGAUGAAAAUGGAGAUGGGGAGGGAACGGAGUUGCGCGACAGGCUCGGGGAAAUCUGGGUGCUCAGAGCAAAGGACGGACAACAGCCUGGCAAGGAGUUUUUCGCAAAGGCACGUUAG